AUGUUUAUUGUUUUUGUAUGCAAAAAAAAUUAAUAAAAAAAAAAAAAAAAAAAAAAAAAAAAAAAAAAAAAUGUCAAUCUUGAAUUCUAUAGCUAGCAAAAAAAAUCCUUUAAAAACAAGGGUAAAAUAGAGAUAUUUCUUUUUUUUUUUUUUUUUUUUGAGAGGGAGUUUUACUCUGUCACCCAGGCUGGAGUGCAGUGGUACGAUCUCAGCUCACUGCAACCUCCGCCCCCCAGGUUCAAGUGAUUCUCCUGCCUCAGCCUCCCGAGUAGCUGGGACUACAGGCACGCACCACCACGCCUGGCUAAUUUUGUAUUUUUAGUAGAGACAGGGUUUCACCAUAUUGGCCAGGCUGGUCUUGAACUCCUGGUCUCAAUGUGCGCCACCGCGCCCAGCCUUCUGAUGAGCCUUUUCAAAGGAGUCAACCAGAUAUGCAUCUAUCUCAGUGAGCAGAGGGUGACUGAAUAGAGCGGGAGGCAGGUUUGCCCUGAGCAGCUUCCAGCCUGAGUUUUCCUUAGUGAUUCUGGGGUCCCGAGAGAUUUCACAUGUUUUAUGUACUGAACGUCCUGGUUCAACUUCUGGCUUCGCUCUCAGAUAUGGAAAGCUCUGACAAAGCUUCUUUUUACAUCUGUUGGGCCUCAAAUGCCUCCAGUUUAAAAUAACCUUCACAUCCACUCUGGGGUUCCGAGUGGGUCCCCACAGCUCGAAAUAACCCAAGGAGAGUCCACGGGGUGGAGGAAAGUCGAUCGAAGGCUGGCGGCCGCGGAAACCCAGGGCGGGCAAGGAAGGUCCCUGGAGGUUGAUUUUCCGCAACGGAGUGGCUUUCAGAGGCAGUAGGUGAGUGGGUUCGAGGCAGGGCUCUGGGGCCGCUUUAGGAGAGAACGGGAUGAAGCCCCAAAUCCGAACUUGGGGGCUGGGCAGCGCAGGGCCUCAGCGCCACCGUCUACCCGCGGCCCGGGUCUUAUGUGCGCCUCAGCGAGGCCCAAUUCCCACACGGCUGGCGCCUCGUUUCCAGCGAGCUGUCGGUGAGUCCAGCGAGUCCCGACCCCUCUCUAGCCACGGCCUGAUGGGCACGGCGGUGACCUCGGCCUCUGGUCUCCGACCCCGCGCCGCGACCUCUCGUCGCCGGUCCCCUCGGAGACGGGCGCAGUUUCCGGGGGACGCGUUUCCCGCCGCACCGUGGGCCGCCCGGACCGCGCAGGACGGGGCACCUUCCGGUGGCGGCGCGGAGCCCUGGGCCCGGCUGCGGCCCGGCGGCGGCCCCGGCGCGGUGCGGGAGGUCGCGGCGGCCCGGGAGCGGCUGGGGCCCCGGGCGGCGUCGAGACCGGAGCGGGGCGGGCCCGGGACACCGGCACCCGGCGCCCUCGGAGCCAAAGGCGCGCGGCGGACACGGCGGGGCCCUCGCGCGCCUGGAGACGAUGCCAAAGCUGCAGGGCUUCGAGUUCUGGAGCCGCACUCUGCGAGGGGCCCGCCACGUGGUGGCCCCCAUGGUGGACCAAAGCGAGCUGGCCUGGAGGUUGCUGAGCCGGCGCCACGGGGCACAGCUCUGCUACACGCCCAUGCUGCAUGCCCAGGUCUUUGUCCGCGACGCCAACUACCGGAAGGAGAACCUGUACUGCGAGGUGUGCCCCGAGGACCGGCCCCUCAUCGUGCAGGUCACUAUGGCGCCUUCCUGCAGGACGAGUGGGACCUGCUCCAAAGAAUGAUUUUGCUGGCCCACGAGAAACUCUCUGUUCCUGUCACGUGCAAAAUCCGUGUCUUCCCAGAGAUUGACAAGACCGUUAGGUACGCCCAGAUGCUGGAGAAGGCUGGCUGCCAGUUGCUGACGGUGCAUGGACGCACCAAGGAGCAGAAGGGGCCCCUGUCGGGUGCGGCAUCCUGGGAGCACAUCAAGGCCGUGCAGAAGGCUGUGGCCAUCCCUGUGUUUGCUAACGGGAACAUCCAGUGCCUGCAGGACGUGGAGCGCUGCCUCCAGGACACGGGUGUACAGGGCGUCAUGAGUGCAGAGGGCAACCUACACAACCCCGCCCUGUUCGAGGGCCGGAGCCCUGCCGUGUGGGAGCUGGCCGAGGAGUAUCUGGACAUCGUGCGGGAGCACCCCUGCCCGCUGUCCUACGUCCGGGCCCACCUCUUCAAGCUGUGGCACCACACGCUGCAGGUGCACCAGGAGCUGCGAGAGGAGCUGGCCAAGGUGAAGACCCUGGAGGGCAUCGCUGCCGUGAGCCAGGAGCUGAAGCUGCGGUGUCAGGAGGAGAUCUCCAGGCAGGAGGGAGCGAAGCCCACCGGCGACUUGCCCUUCCACUGGAUCUGCCAGCCCUACAUCCGGCCAGGGCCCAGGGAGGGGAGCAAGGAGAAGGCGGGUGCUCGCAGCAAGCGGGCCCUGGAGGAGGAGGAGUGUGGCACGGAGGUCCUGUCCAAGAACAAGCAAAAGAAGCAGCUGAGGAACCCCCACAAGACCUUCGACCCCUCUCUGAAGCCAAAAUAUGCCAAGUGUGACCAGUGUGGAAACCCAAAGGGCAACAGAUGUGUGUUCAGCCUGUGCCGCGGCUGCUGCAAGAAGCGAGCCUCCAAAGAGACUGCAGACUGCCCAGGUCACGGAUUGCUUUUUAAAACCAAAUUGGAGAAGUCUCUGGCCUGGAAGGAGGCCCAGCCUGAGUUGCAGGAGCCUCAGCCGGCAGCGCCCGGAACACCAGGUGGCUUCUCUGAAGUCAUGAGCAGUGCCCUGGCCUGAAGGCCCAGAACGCCCACCCCCAGGACUGCUGCUGGAGCCUGGACACGUCCUACUUAAGGAAAUGCCUUUUACUCAGGGAAUCUCCUGCUACUUCAUGUGGAAAGACACGCCCAUGUCCCCCUUCGGCCCACUCUGGGGGCCUGGAAAUGCUGCAGUGGGAGCAGGCCCCAGGCUGGACCUGCCCUGUCCUCAGCACGCGUGUGCAAAAGUGAACAAUAAAUCAUUUCAAAGAUG